AUGAAUCUCAAAAAUCUUGACCUGUCCUAUAACCUUCUAACAGGUUCUAUCCCUUCCACUUUAGGAAACUUGACCAAGCUUGAAAUCUUCAAUGCAAUUGACAACCAUUUAACUGGUGAGAUCCCAAAAAGCUUCAGAAAUUGCACUAGUUUAACUAGAGUUCGACUCGAAGGAAAUCAGCUCGUUGCAAAUGUAUCAGAAGCCUUUGGUGUAUACCCACAUCUCUAUUUCAUGGAUGUCAGUCACAACAGGUUGUUUGGUGAACUCUCACCGAACUGGGGAGAAUGCAAAAACUUGGCGAGGCUACAGUUAUCUGGGAACAUGAUCACUGGUAGAAUUCUUCGCGAGAUUGGGCAAUUGAAGCAGCUACAAGUACUUGGUCUUUCUUUGAACCAUCUAGAAGGAGAGAUUCCAAAGGGAUAUGAGAGGCUAACUUCUUUGUUCAACUUGAGUUUAAAUGGUAACCAACUUUCUGGUCAGGUACCAAAAGAGAUUGGAAAACUCUCCAAUUUGGAGGUUCUUGACUUGUCAAUGAAUCACCUAAGUGGUCCAAUACCACCUCAAUUAGGGGAUUGCUCCAAACUCCGAUAUCUGAAAUUGAGCGAAAAUGAUUUGAAUGGAAGCAUUCCAUUUCAAAUUGGUAACCUGGUAUACUUACAGGAUUUACUAGAUCUCAGUCAUAACUCGCUCAAUGGAGAGAUAUCACCACAACUUGGGAAAUUGCAUGUGCUGGAAAAGUUAAACCUCUCCCACAACAAGUUGUCGGGCUCCAUUCCACCUUCUUUUGAAGCAAUGUUCAGCUUGCAAUCUAUUGAUUUUUCAUACAAUGCUUUGGAAGGUCCUCUUCCCAACAGCAAAAACUUUCAAAAGGCUCCUGCAAUGGCAUUCAUAAAAAACAAAGGUUUAUGUGGUGAAGUGCAAGGUUUGAGGCCCUGCAAUACCCCUUCAAUAAGGCAUGGUGAUGCAAGGAAAGGACGCCAAGUUAUCAUUUGCAUUGUUUUUCCUCUCUUGGCAGCCUUGUUUCUUUUAUUUAUAAUUGUCGGCGUUUCUUCCAUUUAUUCCCAAAGACAAAGAAAUAAAGAGAAGGUGGUUCUUGAAAGGAGCAGCAAAAAUCCAUUUUCAAUAUGGAAUUAUGAUGGGAUUGAUGCAUUUGAACAGAUCGUGGAAGAGACAGAGGGUUUCGACGACAAAUACUGCAUCGGAAUUGGAGGGUAUGGAAAAGUUUACAAAGCAAAUCUACCAUCAGGCCAAGUAGUAGCUGUGAAGAAACUUCACCCACUCGAAGGUGGGGAUCAAUCCGAUCAAAGAAGUUUUAGAAAUGAGAUUCGAACAUUAACAGAAAUCCGUCAUCGCAACAUUGUGAAGCUUUAUGGUUUUUGUUCCCAUGCUCAAUUCUCAUUUCUAGUCUAUGAGUACAUGGAAAGGGGAAGCUUGGCUAGCAUCCUAAGCAAUGACAGAGGAGCUGUAGAGUUGGACUGGACUCUAAGGGUGAAGGUUAUUAAAGGUGUGGCCCAUGCAUUAUCUUAUAUGCACCAUGAUUGCACCCAACCAAUUGUCCAUCGAGACCUAUCAAGCAAUAAUGUUCUACUGAAUUCGGAACUUGAGGCCUGUGUCUCUGACUUUGGCACUGCAAGAUUGUUGAUACCUGAUUCGUCCAAUUGGACUACGCUCGCCGGCACUUAUGGAUACAUCGCUCCAGAGCUUGCAUAUACAAUGAGGGUAACUGAAAAAUGCGACGUAUAUAGCUUUGGCGUUGUGGCACUUGAAGCGAUGAUGGGAAGGCAUCCUGGGGAGCUCAUCUCCUCUCUGACACCACCAAGUAGACAAGAUACACUGCUAAAGGAUAUGUUGGACCAACGUCUCCCGGACCCGACGGCUGUGGUUGCACACGAAGUCAUAUUUGUGGUGUCCAUGGCACUUUCAUGCAUUCAGCCGGAUCCAAACUCUCGGCCGACCAUGCACCACGUGGCUCAAGAGUUGUCUAUUGGUGGGUCUUCCUUUUCUCUAGGGCCAUUCCAUGCACUUACAUUACAUCAACUCAUGGAUCUUGAAGUUUAGUUGGGUGGAUGAAAAUCAUCACGGUUGAAGGUGU